CUCAGACUGUCACAGCCAACUUGCAAGUCUUGAAGGAAUUUUGACUUAUUUGCUAUGUGUCGCAAAGAGUCGUGAUCUAAGGCUUUCACAACAAGAUGUCCGAUACUCUUACAGCCUCAACUUCUCUUGGAAGGUCUCGACGGAUGGUUAGCCCCGUUGAGUUUAAAAAGGAGAGAGAUACUGCGGAAGUACAGAAUAACAUAAGCCCCCGAGAAAAUGGCCACGGCUUCAGCGACACAUUCACAAAUUCUGUGGGUUCUUCGAUUUCUAUGCCUCGAAUUGACUCGCAUAUUCUAGGAAAGGAAACUUUGGAACAGAGGGAAAAGUUUACUCUUUACAAGAUUGAAGUAAACAAUGGCCAAAAGAGUUGGAUUAUCUACAGACGUUAUGGAGACUUUGUUCUUUUGAAUAAGAAGUUACGCAGGCUUUUUCCAGAAUUUCGAUUGCAUUUGCCUGGGAAACGUUUCUUCAAAGAUAACUUUGAUGAAGGCUUUAUUGACAAACGCCAAAGAGGUCUUGAAGUUUUUACGAACAAUUUAUUUGGCCAUCGAAAUCUCGUCCUCAGUGAUCCAGUUCAGAGAUUCUACAGACUAAACAACCCUCCUCAACCCAGUGAAAAUCUAGAGGCUUGCCAGGACUAUUGUCAAUCCCUUGAGCAUACUCUAGCAGAUUUGCGUCAACAGUUGCGUGACCAGACCACUGAACUUAAUUCCUUGAAAACAGAGCUAGCUCGAGUGAGUUAUUAUCGGGAUGAAAAUCAGCAUCUAAACCAAAACCUACAGCAACAGCAGACUAAUGUGGAGCAAGUCACUAAGAGGCUACAAGAUCAACUCAACAUUGCUUUAGAGAAUGAGAGAAGAGCUAAGGAGGAGGUGGAAACUUUGAAGGAAGAGAUGAAAGCUGAGCGGGCCUCUGUACAGGCUGCAAGGGUGAUAGAAAAACAAAAGAACGAAGUGGGAAUUAAGAGGCAGAUGGAUAUGUUUAAACAAUCACAGGAGGCCGUCAAUCAAAGGGUCGAUUCACUUGUUCAUAACUUGGGACAGCUUUCUAGAAUUGAAUUUGAGAUUUUUGGGGUAAAACACGAAUAUAAAACUGAUGAAGGUAUACAAAACAAGGCUGUCCAGCUCAGGAAAGCUCUUACUGAAACUAGAAGUCAACUUGACAAAAUGUACAAAAAUUCUUUAGAGAUGUAUCAGCAAGAAGUUGAAGACCUAAAGGCCGAGUUAUCCAGAGCAGACUAUUUGGCUAAGACUAAAAUUCAAGAGGCAGAAUCACUGAGGGCCCAAAUGUCUGAUCUUCAUAAAAGAUAUCAGGAUAUCAGGAAGGCACAAGAUGAUUACAUUUCAGACCUUCUCAGUAAAUUCAAUGACCUUCAGCGAUAUGCUGUAUCAACAGAAGAGAAAUAUUUCUUCUCUCUUGUAAUUGGUGUCAAACUGAACAUGGGUAUAUGUGGAUAUAGAGUGCACCACUUAAACCACCUCAAACCACCGAAACUUUUUGAACAAGUGCAGAAUCUUGGCUACUCCAUAGAACAUUGGCCAAGUUGGUUGUCUCGCACACUGUCAACUGCCUCAUCGUCACUUGAUCCUGAGGAUGAAGAUUAAUUUUACUCCUUAAAAGUCGGAGUUUGUGGGAUUUUUUUUUGUUUGUUUGUGUGUUUCUAAUCUUCUGUCCCUCAUAUAAAACACAAUGUAAAUUCCUUCACUAAAUCUUUUUUUUUGUUUGUUCAGAGUUUGAAAAUUGUCUACAUUAUUGAGUUUUGUUUUGAUCUAUUUUCUUUUCUCAUUUUCACCUUUCUGCAUGGUGAUACACUUGUCUGAUAUUAUCAGUUAAAGAGCAGAUUGUUACCUCUUUGGAGAAAUUUUAAUUUAUUUUUUUGUUUUGACCAGUAUAAUCUGUUUCUUAAUUUUCUUUUUUCUAAUCCUCUUCUGAGAAAUCCCACCAAUCUAUGUAUGCAUGUUCUUGUCCAUAAUUUCCAUAUCUGAUGCAUGAAUACUGGUAAUUGAAUUUCAAGGAGAACUGAGUGAGUCAUAUCAUUAUAGGUGAUUACCAUAGAUCAAUCCUUGAGUGAAUUUUGAUUAUUAACAAAAAAAUACAAAAAGGGAUUAAAAUAGGUGAUGUAUUUUUUCCAACAAAUUCAAUAUCAGUCACAGGGCCUUGAAUAUUACCAUAUUUAAUAAACAAAUAGAUAUCACCAUAACGUAGAAUUAUCAAAUAAGAUCAGCAUAUCAAACUGAAAGACUGAGGCAAUAUAUAUAGAACUUGUACAGAUUAUUGCUUCAUUUUAAUUUGCUCUUAGAUGUCUUUUAUCCUGUUACAGCCACCGAUAUGAAGGUGUAACAUUGCAAAGGUUAUCAACAUAGGUCUCAUUUAUUCUUAACAAAUUAUAGGUAGGGGUGUUUUAAUCAGUGUGAGAUAUUUUUCUUAUUGAUAAGUGCGAACUAGAUAGCCAACUAAGUGUGAUGUGUCGUGAAUGUGCUCAGGUUUUGGAGAAGAGCCAGGGAAGCAUUGGAUUUUCAGAGGCAAAUUCACAUGUGCUUCUAGCUCCCAGACUCUUACGUCUCACUUAUGUUUGGUCUUUGCGAGCCUAAUACACUUACACUUGCCAACUUGUUUGGAGUCUGAUGCAAGAGUUUUCUUGUAGAGGAACCAAUCAUAUUGUAUGACUAUAACAAGGAUUUCCUUAAAUAAUUCCAAAAUGCCUGUAGGCAUCCGGAAGAUUCCUGACAUAGGCUCCUCUUCUGGGCUCCCCUCCUAAAAGUAUUGAUCCCAGAGAAAGGAUAAUCGUUUAAAAAGAUAAGCCUUUCCUUUUCUUAGAUUGGUAGAAGUUUUGUCAACUUGAUAGACAUUUAGAAAUUGUGACAGACUAAGCUCCUGAUACAAGCAUAACUUUUUUGGUACAUGCAAACAGUUUGUUGGCAAGUGUGAGUUAAAAAGCACAAGAGAGAAGUUUUUCAAAUUUGUAAAAUGUUUUCAUAAAACAUUCCCUAUGCGGUUUUACACUAGCUAGCUGAGCUAGCAUUUUUGAAAAGUUGUGAAAUAAAAGUUACUAUUUUGUUA